CGACUGGAUGACAUCACCGCAUCCUCUGGUCUGGAUCCAGGGAAUGGGAUCUGGGAAUGAGAAUGGGAUGUGCCCCGCGGACGCAGAUUUAUGGACUCGGAAACAACAUGCCCAUAAUAAGGAUUAUCACAGACCCACAGUAGUAAUGAGGGACCGCUAAUCAGCUCAGCUAUGUCUCCAAAAGGAGUCGGCCACAGUAAGGUGGAAGAAAGUGCUGUACAGGUGGCCGUCCGCGUGCGUCCGUUGCUUCCCAAAGAGAUUUUGCACAGCCAUGAGAGCUGCAUCACUUCAGACCCAGAGGAGCGGAGGGUCACCCUGGGCAAUGACCGCCACUUCCACUGUGACUUUGUGUUUGAGGACGGCUCUACCCAGGAGGAGGUGUACACUAACUGCGUUCAACCACUUAUCGAGGCCUUCUUUCAUGGAUUUAAUGCUACCGUGUUUGCCUAUGGGCAGACAGGCUCAGGCAAAACCUACACCAUUGGGGAAGCCAGCAUUUCCGCUUUUAGGGAUGAUGAACAGGGCAUCAUUCCCAGAGCUGUGGCCGAGAUCUUCAAACUGUUGGACGAGAAUGACCUCAUUGACUUCUCGGUCCGGGUGUCUUACAUGGAGGUUUACAAAGAGGUCUUCAGAGACCUUUUGGAAGUUGAGACGGCCAGUAAAGACAUACAUAUCCGAGAGGACGAAAGAGGGAAUGUAGUGCUUUGUGGUGUAAAGGAAUGUGAAGUGGAGGGACUUGACGAGGUGCUGAGUCUCUUAGAGUCAGGAAAGACAGCCCGUCACACAGGGGCCACCCAGAUGAAUCCACACUCAAGUCGCUCUCACACCAUCUUCACUGUGCUGAUGGAGCAGCGGCGUGGAGGCUCUCGAGCAGCGAAUGGCUCUGUGCAGAUCCUCUCAUCCAAAUUCCAUUUUGUGGACCUGGCAGGAUCAGAGCGCAUCCUUAAAACCGGCAACACCGGCGAACGGCUCAAGGAGAGCAUUCAGAUCAACAGUGGACUUCUUGCUCUUGGAAAUGUCAUUGGAGCGCUUGGGGACCCCAAAAGAAAAGGCACCCAUAUCCCAUACAGGGAUUCAAAAAUCACCAGGAUCUUAAAAGACUCUCUUGGAGGCAACGCCAAAACCCUGAUGAUUGCCUGCAUUAGCCCUUCGUCCUCCGACUUUGAUGAGAGCCUAAACACACUCAACUACGCCAAGCGUGCUCGUAACAUACAAAACCGGGCUACAGUCAACUGCCGGGGGGAACCAGAUCGCAUUGAGGGCCUUGAACUCCAGAUCAAAGCGCUGAGACGAGCCCUUGAAAACCGCCAGCGCUCUGAAACCCGCAUUAUUGCACGAUCUGACCCUGAGAAGAGACUUCGGCCGUUUGAAGUGGAUGUAAGGAAGCUGCAAGCUGAGAGCGCCCACUAUAGGACGUGCACCGACUCUGCCUACAGGCUUUUAACAGAGCUGCAGGGCGAAGGAACUCUUAAUGCGGGGCAAAUCCUGCGGGUUAAAGAGUGGCUGUGUGGUGUUGAGGAGGAACGCAGCGGUUUGACCUCAGCGUCAGGACUCGACAGCGGCAUUGAAAGCAGCUCUACUGAGGACAGCACUGCGCUCAAAAGGAGACAAGCCGUGCUGAACAACCAGGAUCUUGUGAAGGAGGAUUGGAGAGGAGAGCGGGAGGACUACACUUCCCAGCUGCAAGCCCAGAUUCAGCAACUCGAGCAAGAAAACACUGACUUUUUAGUCGCCUUGGAAGAUGCCAUGGAACAGUACAAACAACAGAGCGAUAAGCUACAGGAGCAGCAGGAUCUAAUAGCGGAGCUUCACAGUCUGUUAGCUCAGCCUGGAGGAGCGGGGUUUCUCCACCUGAAACAGAGACCUCACACUGCUCCUAUCAACUCACUACUGCAGACUCCAGACCGCCUCACUCCUCCCUGCGACUCUGAUGUGGGCAGAAGCCUCGCCAGACAGCUUGACGUCGGUGCAUCAGUAGACAGCAGUUCAUAUUCAGAACAGACCCAGUGGGACGGCACACAUGGAAACACGCACUGUGAAAGCUCUAGGAAACUGAACAGAGAUGAAGAUGGCCACAUGCAAACCACUAGAGACAAACGCAAAUCCAUCAAUGUAACCUGGACAAAAAAAGACAUUGCAAUUCCCCAAGGACCUUUUGGUGGGACCAGGACAGCCCUUCCUCAGAAUCUAGGACUCUGUCAUCCUCUGGGCAUGCAAUUCAACAGACGCACGUCUAACAGCAGCAUUGGCGAAAGCUCAGUCUGGGAGAGCGUGAGAGGUUUUGGAGGGGAGUUUUGCUCCGACCGAGGACUUCUCCAGGCUCAGCAGAAGAUCAGAGAGCUCUCCAUCACCAUUCGCAUGAAGGAGGAGCUGAUAAAAGAGCUGGUCAAGACAGGGAAAGACGCUCAGGCCAUGAACAGGCAGUACAGUCGUAAGAUCUCAGAGCUGGAGGCCGAGGCAGAGCAGGCCCGAGUGGAGCUCACAGAGGCACAAAAGCAGCUGCAGGAGCUGGAGGUUCAGGGCGGCCGUGAUGCCGCUGACCGCUCUAAAGCUCAGGAGUGCAGGAGGAAAAUCGCAGCUGCGCAGAGCAAAGUUCAGGUGUUAAAGCAGAAGCAGCGGGACACUGCGCAGCUGGCCUCUCUGUCCGCUCAGAGCGAACGGCGCGUGCAGGAACUGGAGAGAAACGUGCAGAACAUGAAGCAGCAGCAGGACCUUCUGCAGCGCCGCCUGCGUGAGGAGAGUCAGCAGAAGAGACGGCUGGAGACCGAGAUGCAGAAAGGAAAGCACAGAGUCAAGGAGCUGGAGAUAAAGAACGAACAACAGCAGAAAAUUCUGAGGAUUAAGACGGAGGAAAUCGCAGCCUUCCAGCGGCAAAGGAGAAGUGGAAGUAACGGCUCGGUCGUAUCACUAGAGGAACAGCAGAAGAUAGAGGAGCAGAAACGCUGGCUUGAUGAGGAAAUGGAGAAGGUUCUGGAUCAACGACGUGGCCUUGAAGACCUGGAAGGAGAGCUGACCAAGAGGGAAGAGAUCUUAGCCAAAAAAGAAGCUUUACUCUGGGAGCGCAGUGGCCUGGAAUCCAAAAAGCUUCGCUCAAGCCAGGCUCUUAGUCAAGACCUGUUAACUUUGUCGAGCCGGAUUGAGUCUCUGGAACGGGAGCUCACUGAGAGGAAUGGUCUUCUGCGGAGUGGCAGUGCUCAGGAUUCCCAGCAGAUCAGACAGGAGAUCUCCAACCUUCGGCAGGAGAAGGAGCUGCUGCUCAAACAACGAGUGGAGCUGGAUGACAAACUUAGACAGGGCAACCUGCUCUCUCCUGAGGAAGAACGAACACUUUUCCAGUUGGACGAGGCUAUCGAGGCUUUGGAUGCUGCUAUUGAGUACAAAAAUGAGGCAAUCACCCAGAGACAGAGGCAGCUGCGGGCGUCUGGAAGCAUGUUGACCCAAUGGGAGAUGAACCUGAUGGCCAAACUCACCUACCUGUCUGCAUCAGAAACCAGAGCUCUGCUUUGCAAAUACUUUGAUAAGGUUGUGUCUCUUCGUGAGGAGGAGCGCAGGCUGCAGAUGGCUCUCGCUGAGCUGGAACUGAGAGUUGAGGAACAGCAGAACUUGGUUGGGUGGUUGGAGGCAGCUCUGGAGAGACAGCAGCUCGAGGCAGAUCGCAGACUCACGCAGCAGCAGAAAGAGCACGAGAGGAACAUCCAGCUACUGCUGCAGCAGUGCAGAGAGCAGAUGGAUGAGGGUCUGGCGGGGAGACAGCGGCAGUAUGAGGGCUUGAUCCACAACCUCAGCAAAGAGCUGAAUUUUUGCAAAAUAGCUAAUCAGGAGCUGAACAUCAAACUCAGGGAAAUGUGUGGCCCUGUAAAUCUCACUGGGGAACAAUGCAAAGGUCUGAAUUGUGACAGUCUGCUUUUAGCUGGAGCUCAGAACAGAGUGGCUGAAGAUGUAAAGCCUAUCAUUGACGCAGAGAGAGUUCAGAAGUCAAGAGAAGAGAUGCGAGAGCUGGUAAAUGCUCCUUUACCGGCCACAUGGAGGCGCUCUUCACUCCCCACAGAGGACCAGUACACCAUGGAGGAGCUCCGUCAAAGAGCAGCCUGUGAACUCCCCAAUAACCGAAUCGUUCAGCCCGGUAUGAAUUCCACACACUGGAGUGGGUCAACAUCACUUCCCGUAACGCGACCGCGGAGAGAACCGAGGAGAUCCAGCCUCAACACAGCACCACUUUAUUCCAGUUCAGCAAUAAUAGAUGUCCGGAGAAAUCCAGUAUAGAAUAGGACUUUGUACAUUUCCAGUAAUUAACUAUUUUCAGAGUAUAUUUUAUUCUGAUUUUUUUUUUUAUUAAGAAUUAUCUUGAACACAAUUUUUAGCAAAUGUAAAUGGCUUUUUAUUUCAUACAUGAUGGAAAUUAAAAAAAAUAAGUUGCCUUGA